UUGACCAACGAUUUAAUUACACUUUCAGGCUGAGGUUUUAGUGCUUUCUCAGGAGAAAACAUCAGCUAAAAACCAUGGUGGCUUUAGGCCCCCAAGCCACACAUUUGACUGUCACUCAACAGUUACCAACACGUAAACAAAUAGCUUUCAGCAACGUUCUCCGAUGUGGGAUUGCAGAGCCGUCAGGGGAGCCAGCUCCAUUGGGACAAAAAACAAAAUACAAAGAUGGGUUGUUUGAGAAGUCGUUUAUGGGCCUUUUCGCCCGCAAGAUGGAGAGGUUCGCGGCUGCACCGAAAGCCGGAACGGUGCCGGAGAAGGGGGUUUUCGACUAUGACUACGAGAGCUUCGUUGAGGUUUCAAAGAGGGUAAUGCAAGGGAGGACCCGGUUGCAGCAACAGCAAGUGGUCCGACAAGUGCUCUUAUCCAUGCUCCCUCCAGGCGCACCUGCUCAGUUUAGGAAAUUGUUUCCACCAACACAAUGGGCGGCGGAGUUCAAUGCGGCUCUUACAGUUCCAUUCUUCAACUGGUUAGUUGGGCCAUCUGAGGUGGUGGAAGUGGAGGUAAAUGGUAUAAAGCAAAAAAGUGGAGUUCAUAUUAAGAAAUGCAGGUACCUAGAGAACAGUGGGUGUGUUGGGAUGUGUGUGAAUAUGUGCAAGAUUCCAACCCAAGAUUUCUUUACCAAUGAGUUCGGGCUUCCAUUAACUAUGACUCCAAAUUUUGAAGACAUGAGUUGUGAAAUGGUGUAUGGACAAGUACCACCAGAUUUCGAAGACGACCCAGCAUCUAAACAGCCUUGUUUUGCUGAAAUCUGUUCCCUGGCAAACCCCAACUCCAGUGUCUGCCCCAAAUUACAAGCAUGAGAUGAUACUUCCCCGCCUUACUUCUCUUUCA